GUAGCCCGCUAUUAAACGAUUAAGAAGACUAACGUUAGAACGAACCGAACGAACAGUGCCUCCGCUACUGACUGUUUUUUGUCACAUGUAUGGGUCGUGGAUGCAAUAAGCUGACGUUUGGGCUACAGUCACAACAAACAGGCACCCUGUGGAUAUUUAUUAGCCUAAUAUUUCAUUCGCAGUGACUUCCAGGACUGUGUCAGAUUUUGGAUGGAGUCAGCACCGACAUUUUUAUUGUCUUGUGUAGCAGCAGCCAGGGACCUCAGGGUUCUGUCCUGUACAUCAGUGAGAGAAGAAUGGUCAAGUAUUUCUGUAAUAACGCAGACAUCAGGAGUACGUGGGACCAUGUUGUCUCUGCUUUUUGGCAGAGGUACCCAAACCCAUUCAGCACCCAUGUUCUCACGGAGGACGUUGUGUACCGCGAAGUGACUGCGGACCACCGGCUCCUCUCCAGACGCCUCCUGACGAAGACCAAUCGGCUGCCUCGCUGGGCGGAGCGGCUCUUCCCCACCGGCAUGUCUCGCUUGGUGUACAUCAUCGAGGACUCCAUCGUGGACCCUGUCAACAGGAGCCUGACCACCUACACCUGGAACCUCAACCACACAACUCUCAUGUCGGUUGAAGAGCGUUGUAUUUUCCAAGACUCUGUGGAGCAGCCAUCCACCACCAAGCUGAAACGGGAGGCGUGGAUAUCCUCAAACAUUUAUGGCUUCUCCAGACCUGUUCAGGAGUUUGGAUUGGCCCGAUUCAAAAGUAACCAGGUGAAGGCCAUGAAAGGGCUGGAAUACGCACUGUCCAACUUAGAGGGGAUUGGGAUCAGGCUAAACGUUAUGGAGAGACGCCCCAGCGGCUGCUCAGGGACACAGUGAAGGAUGCAUCAGAGAAGGCCAAGGAGGCAGCCAAGAGCCUGGCGUCAGCCGCUAGCGCCCCAAAGAAACCGCAGCAGUACGUCUGACAGGACAGUGUGUAGGGCACCGUGCAGGUGACGCCAACUCAACACAAUGCCUUUUGAUCAUCUCUAUCAUCUUGACUGGAAUGACGUUUUCUGGGAACUCGCUGAUUGCUGUUUAUUCUCUGUUUUUCUUCCUUUGGUAUGAAGCAGCCUCUCUUCUCUACGAUUGGACUUUUUUUUAUUUUUAUCUUUCUCCAUUCUUUCGCCUUCUGUCUUGGUUAAAUCUCAGGUCCUGCGCUUUUGUCUGAAACACAUUGCCUUUGUGGAAGCAUUUAGAUUGUGACCAGCAGCACCUUUUGAUGCUGUAAAUACUUCAGGUAUAAAUGCACAUUUACAUGUCUUGCCAUAUAUGUAAUGUAUCUAUUUUAAUUUAGUAAGCUUAUUUUCAUACAAAAUUAUAAAACUCUUCUUGAACAGUUUGGCACUUUGGAAUUUAAGUGUUAUUAUCACUACUAUUAUCAUCAUCAUAAUUGGUCCAGCCUAACGUUCACAUUAGACCAAAUCAUAAUACUGUGACUGUGUAGUUUUAACUAAGCUUAAGCAAGCAAGAACAAGGAUUAUGAUUUGAUGGUUGCACGCAUAUAAACGGUGAACCUUAUUGUAUUAUGGUCGAUUUCCUCAUGCUUUCUUCCUUAUUUGACAUUUUCUGGGGUUGAGACUCUACUUCCCACUUUCAAACACAUCAGUGCAUAAUCAGGCAAAUUCACAAAAGGAUUGCUCGGCUUUUAGGGCCACUAAACCUGCACAGAUAAGACCGAAAAAAACAGUGUAAUUCUCAAAGACCCCGAAAAGGGUGAAAUGCUGUUCGCACAUAUGUAAAUGAGGUAAUAUGCAUACAUUUUGAAUGCAUGCGUUUGAAAACAACAACAGCACUGACUGGGAUAUUAAAUCCUAAAUACAGUUUCUCUCUGGAAUGGAAUGCCUCGUCGGUCAGGACCUGUAGAUCUCGGUCUGAAAAUGUCAUUUUUUUUCUCACUCUCUCUGCCGUUGUUCUGUCGUCUACGUUCUUGGUGCAAAAGCAACGUUUAUUCUUCGCCACAUGGAUAAUUGCCCUCAUCUGCAAAACUUCAUGCCCGUGUUUUGCGCUGUAAUAUCAUUAGCGCCAUAUCCUUUGUGAAUCGGCCCGAGUCUUUGUUACUAGUGUCAAGAAUAUAAUGUAUUCUGUAAUACUGCGCACAAUAACGGGACAUUUGCUAUAAAUGCUACAGGUUAGACAAUGCCACAACGGCCUGUAGUGAAACUUUGAUGGUCACAGGAAGUAAAUUGACUUGUAUGAAACAAAUCAGAUUGAGCAAAGUUUUCACAUCUCCGUGCUCAAAAUGACUUUGUAAUGUGAAUACUCCUUUAACUGUGUGACUGCGUAACCGAGGUGCGUUGUUAAGACGGAAUCAUUUCAGCCUGCCUGUUGAUAUGAAGCUUAACGCUUGUGUUGACUUCGGGUCAAAUUGACCCGUUUUCAAUUUUUGUUUUAUAUCAGAAAACAUGGGACGUAGAAAAUGUGUAGAAAAAUGUAACAAUUUAAAAUUUUGGAAGAAGCAAAAACACCUUUUUGGAAGAAAACACAAGGGUUAUGUAGCGAUGAAGAUGAUACACUGUUGUACAGAUUUCAGUGAUUGCAUUCCCUUUUACAGUAUAUGGGUUUUUGCUGCUCUAAGACUUGAAUUAUAUUUCAGAAAUAUAUACAUAUAUAUUUUAUAAUAUAAUAUACAUUAUAUAUUCACGUAAUGAAUAUUCAAUAUAUUCAUGUAAUGUAUUUUGAAGGAUUAUUUAGCACAAAGCAUUUGGGAUAUAUGGUAUAUGUAGGAUUAUUUUAGCCAGGUAGUAAGAUAUGUAAAAACAGCAUUGAUUGGGCUUUUAAUUGAAGAAUUGAAUUUUUUUUUUCUUUCUCACUCAUUCAAAAACAUUUUCAAGUUAAAGUCCAGUGUUUGUUGUCUUGUGUUUUCUCAUUGUCAAACUAAGCUUUAAUAAAAUGUGAUAAGUUAUUUAAUUAA